AUAGCACUUCCGUUUUAGUUAGUGAAUAAACAUGGCUCCUACGGUGGCUGUCAUCUACUGUCUCACGCUUGCUUUGACAGUUUUGAACGUCGAUUCCGCAUCUAAUUAUUAUGGAUCCGCAAAGGUUGAGAGCUGCGGCGGUUGCACUCUGAACCGGCUUCCAGACGUAAAGGACUUUGUCUACAAAGAUGUACCCACUUACGAUAACGUCGAAUUUAAACAUAUUCGUGGUGCAGAGCCAGAACUUGUGCUCUUUGAUCACAAUAAUGAGGAAAUAGAAAGGUUACCACUGUCCCAAUUAACCAGGGAAGAAUGCAAUAACUUAUUAACUUCUAAAGGUUUUACCAGAAAGCCAGUAAAGGAUGAGAUAUAGAGUAUAAAAUCAAGAAUGCAUUUAGUGUUAGAAUAACUAUGAAUUUUGGGAAUUCUUUUAUAGGGCUUAGUAAGGAAUCGAAUGGUACUUUUGUAAGCAUGUUUCUAUUACGUGUUUUUACGUUUAUUUGUAUAUAGAUAUAAGCAUUCUGUGAAUCACUUGUUGCGCAAGGUCUGUCAAUGUUGUAAGGUACAUUACCGUCUCCGUUGAUCUCACGAUAUGAUUUCGAAUUAUAUCACAUAAUGUGAGAAACGCACAAUCGUAUCCAGUCUGAUUUACUUUCGAUAUAUACAUAUAUGUUGUUUUCAGUCAAUACGUUUGUAUAUGCGUCCGAAUGGCGCGUAAAAAUAUGUACUAGAUUCCAAGUCUGUUGACAACCCUGCAUUAAAUAGAUGUUUCCUCGUUACGGGAACUCACGAACGUGGCUACGAUAGUUCUAUUGUAUUAUAUGUCUCGACGAAUGGCGAUAAGAGAGAAAGUCAGAUAUCAAAUGUAGUAUUUAGGUCAUAGAUGUAUAGUUCAUGGUUGUAUACAUAUUUUCGUUCGGACGCAAACGCUGAAAUAGGUAAAGAAAUAACGAGAGAGAGUUCUCCAUGGAAAUCCUGGAUGAAAUUUUACCAACCAACAAUUAGUUAGCACAACAGGGCCUGGUACAAUUGCAACUUAUUAUGUAGGGUACCUUCUGUUUAUUCGAUUUAUUUAUUCUAUGUUCUUCACUUAUGGUCUCUAAUAAAAAUAUGAAUUAAAGAUUUGAA